AUGAAGGUUGUGAUGUCCGAUGUUCACUUAUUUUCUGAAGUCAUUUUAGAAACCAAAAUGAAGGUCUUUUCCUUCAAUGGGUUUUCGUUUUUGCUGUUCCUCCUCCCCGGGUCACUGUUUCUCAGCUCGGUUUCAGCUUCUUCUCCAGCUGGGUCGAUUCGGCAUCCCGUGAAGUUUAUCAUAGGUUCGGUUUUCUUUUUCAUUUUGGCAUCGGAAUAUGGGGAGGGAGCAGAGAAUUUGGGUGAAUGGAAGAGUGAAUUCACUCAAGUGGCUCCAGCACCAGGGCCUAAAGGUGAGGAUGUUCUUAUUCUGGCGGCAAACAGGACCAAUAGGCCUGACAUUCUGCGAGGAUUCCGACGCUAUAGAGGUGGUUGGGAUAUUGCAGAUCAGCAUUAUUGGGCUUCAGUUGGAUUCACUGGUGCAGCUGGUUUCAUUCUUGCUGCCCUGUGGUUUAUCUCAUUUGGCUUGGCGCUUGUGAUACAUCUAUCAUGUGGAUGGUCUAUUAACAUAAAGGACAAAGGAUCAAAUCAUUCACAAAGGAUCUGUCUUAUUCUGCUUAUAUCAUUCACUUUUGCUGCUGCGACUGGAUGUAUCCUCCUUUCUGUUGGGCAGGAUAAAUUCCAUGGUCAAGCCUUGGAUACCCUUCAUUAUUUUGUCAAUCAGUCAGAUUAUACAGUGCAAACUUUAAAAAAUGUCACAGGGUAUCUCUCCCUUGCAAAAACUAUCAAUGUCACUCGGAUUCUUCUUCCAUCUGAUGUCAUGGAUGGUAUUGACAAGCUGAAUGUGGAUCUGAAUACGGCAGCAGACACACUUUCUGAGAAGACAAAUGAAAAUUCAGUUAAAAUUCGAAGAGUAUUCAAUGAUGUGCGUCUAGCUUUGUAUGUUGUAGCAGCUGUGAUGCUUCUGUUGGCUCUUGUUGGGGGAGUCCUUUCUGUCCUUGGAUAUCAACACGCAAUCCUUAUAUUUGUUAUCACUGGAUGGUUACUUGUUGCAACCACAUUCAUUCUUUGUGGAGUAUUCAUGAUCCUUAAUAAUGCAAUUUCUGAUACCUGUAUGGCUAUGGGAGAAUGGGUAGCAAAUCCACACACCGAAUCUGCUCUUAGUAAUGUCCUUCCGUGUGUUGAUCAGAGAACCACAAACAAAACACUCUUCCAAAGUAAGCAAGUGGUCACCAACAUUGCAAAUGUUGUCAAUGAGUUCAUCUAUACUGCUGCAAACGUAAAUAUAACACAAGGUAGCCCUGGCUACUACAAUCAGUCUGGGCCGACAAUGCCACCUUUAUGCUACCCUUUUGACUCUCAGUUUCAAGAGCGUCAAUGUACAGAUCAAGAAGUUUCUUCCGCCAAUGCCUCAAUGGUUUGGAAGAACUUUGAAUGUGAGGUAUCUGAAUCUGGCAUUUGCGCUACAGUUGGCAGGGUGACCCCAGAAAUUUACUUGCAGAUAGUAGCUGCAGUGAAUGAAAGCUAUGCAUUAGAACAUUACACCCCACCUUUACUUAGCCUUCAGAAUUGCAAUUUUGUCAGAGAUGCAUUCACAAAAAUCACUUCAAGCUACUGUCCUCCAUUAAAUCACUACCUCAAGAUUAUCAAUGUAGGGCUUGGCCUCGUUUCAGUUGGUGUUCUGCUCUGCCUUGUUCUCUGGAUACUCUAUGCAAACCGCCCCCGAAGGAGGGAAGUGUUUGAGAAGUCAUCCUUGCCAGAAACCACCACACAUUUACCCUUGUCAAAUGCAAAUAGUGAAGUAUAG